AUGAGAGUCCAACCCAGAGCGAGACUUCAGCAAGCAUUUACUCAGGAGGAUUUGCACCUGUUCAGUCAAACGUGCAGUAAGACAACAGAUCCAUCAGAUUAUCCCCUAUCUAUCGGGAUCUCCAAGAAUGUAGUGGUGUACUCUGGAGAUGUAUUGCGGGAAAAAUCGAGGCAAUCCCAUCAAUCAAGGGAAGAUGUGAUGGAUGAACUUCACAGAUGUUUAGGUACAGGACCAGGUGUAUUCGUUGUGAAAGGCUUUGAGAGGGAUUUGGAAGUGAUAGCGCGCACGAAUGAGGUGUUCAAGAACAUAAUUGAAAGGGAGAAAGAACAUGCAAAGGGGGAUCAUUUCGCUGCUGCUGGAACCAAUGAUAGGAUUUGGAAUUCAUUUCAAAAACAUGCUGUUGAAGAUCCACAAAGCUUUGUUACUUAUUAUUCCAACGAGUUACUAGCAAUGGUAUCGGAAGCUUGGCUGGGUCCAGGAUAUCAAGUUACCGCUCAAACAAAUAUCGUCAAGCCAGGAGGUCAACCCCAAAAGCCUCAUCGAGAUUAUCAUCUAGGGUUCCAAUCAGAAGAGACCGCCUCCAAAUUCCCCAUCCCCACUCAAAUUGCUUCAGCAAUGCUAACCUUGCAAGGAGCAGUCGCGCAUUCCUCGAUGCCUCUAGACUCAGGUCCAACACAGCUACUCCCUUACUCUCAACAAUUCGAACAUGGUUAUCUAGCUUAUCGACAUCCUGAGUUCGUCGAUUUUUUCAAUCAACACAUGAUUCAAAGCGAAUUGGAAAUUGGAGAUGCGAUUUUCUUCAAUCCUGCAUUGUUCCAUGCUGCAGGUGAGAAUCGCACAACCAACCUACAUCGAAUAGGUAAUCUCCUUCAGAUCUCGGCUUGUUGGUCCAAGCCUAUGGAAACUAUUGAUUAUCCCACUAUACUACGUUCCACCUGGUGUCAUGUGAAAAAUUUUAUCGACCAUCUGGAAGGGGGUACAGAAAACCCUGUCGCGAAGGCUUUGCUACAAGCUAUUUCCGAUGGAUAUUCGUUCCCUACUAAUCUUGAUAAAGACCCUCCUCCUGCUAAUAGUCAUUGCCCUGAGACCCAAUUGGAUAGGAUUACUGUAGGUGUCAAAGAGGGAUGGACAAUGGAUACGUUAGAGAAGAAUAUCAAGCAAUUGCAAGAUAAGCGAAUUGCCUGA